UUUCUUCAUAGAAGUGUGAAAGUAGACUGAUACAGAAGUCAGGACACCAUUUAGGAAACGAUUCCAAAACUUAGUAGACAGCAGCAAUGGGAUUGGAGAAAAGGUCAAACUCAAAAGAUUUUUUCAUGGCAUGCAAUUGUCAGAUCUUGGCGUAGCAGAGACUCCUCGGGAAGACUCACAGGACUGUACCCACUGCCUGCCAUGUCUCUGUGGUCACCUUUCCGAUGCAGUUGGAAGCCGGGUCCAAGGGACUCUAGAGAGGCCUCUCCACAGCUUCCCGAUCAGGACUUCGAGGCCCUACUGUCAGAGUGCCUGAGGAAUGGCUGCCUCUUUGAAGACACCAGCUUCCCAGCCACCCUGAGCUCCAUCGGCAGCAGGUCCUUGCUGCAGAAGCUGCCACCCCGCCUACAGUGGAAGAGGCCCCCGGAGCUGCACAGCAAUCCCCAGUUUUAUUCUGGCAAGGCUAAAAGGCUGGAUCUGUGCCAGGGCAUUGUAGGAGACUGCUGGUUCUUGGCUGCUUUGCAAGCUCUGAGCUUGCAACAGGACAUUCUGAGCCGGGUUGUUCCCCUGAAUCAGAGUUUCACUGAGAAUUAUGCUGGCAUCUUCCAGUUCUGGUUCUGGCACUACGGAAACUGGGUUCCUGUGGUGAUCGAUGACCGUCUGCCUGUGAAUGAAGCUGGCCAGCUGGUCUUUGUCUCCUCCACCUACAAGAACUUGUUCUGGGGCGCACUUCUGGAAAAAGCCUAUGCCAAGCUCUCUGGUUCCUAUGAAGACUUGCAGUUUGGACAGGUGUCUGAAGCCCUUGUAGACUUCACUGGAGGGGUGACAAUGACCAUCAACCUGGCAGAAGCCCAUGGCAACCUCUGGGACCUACUCACCAAAGCCACCUACCACAGAACCCUCAUUGGCUGCCAGACCCACUCAGGGAAGGAGAAGGUUCUGGAGAACGGGCUGGUGGAUGGCCAUGCAUAUACUCUCACAGGAAUCAGGAAGGUGACCUGCAAACAUAGACCUGAGUAUCUAGUCAAGCUACGGAACCCCUGGGGAAAAGUGGAAUGGAAAGGAGACUGGAGUGACAGUUCAAGUAAAUGGGAGCUGCUGAGCCCCAAGGAGAAGAUUCUGCUUCUGAGGAAAGACAAUGAUGGAGAAUUCUGGAUGACACUGCAGGACUUUAAAGAACAUUUUGUGCUCCUGGUCAUCUGUAAACUGACCCCAGGCCUGUUGACCCAGGAGGCGGCCCGGAAGUGGACAUACACCAUGCGGGAGGGGAGAUGGGAGAAGGGGAGCACAGCUGGUGGCCGGAGGCAGUUGUUGCAGGACACAUUUUGGAAGAACCCACAGUUCCUGCUGUCUGUCUGGAGGCCCGAAGAGGGCAGGAGAUCCCUGAGGCCCUGCAGCGUGCUGGUGUCCCUGCUCCAGAAGCCCAGGCACAGGCACCGCAACCAGAAGCCUUACCUCGCCAUCGGCUUCUACCUCUAUAGGAUGAACAUGUACCAUGAUGGCCAGAGGAGACUGCCCCCCACGUUUUUCCAGAGAAACGCUCCCCUGAGCCAGCCUGAUAAGUUUCUCAGGGAGAAAGAAGUGAGUCAGGAGCUGUGUCUGGAUCCAGGGACAUACCUCAUCGUGCCCUGCACCUUGGAGGCUCACCAGAAGUCAGAGUUCAUCCUCAGGGUCUUCUCCAGGAAGCACAUCUUUUAUGAAAUUGGCAGCAGUUCUGGUGUUGUCAUCUCGAAGGAGAUAGAAGAUCAAAAUGAAGGGCAGAAUGAAUGCUUCACCAAAUUCUUUGAAAAGUAUCCAGAAAUUAAUGCAGUUCAGCUGCAGAACAUCCUGAACCACGUGACCUGGUCAAGUCUGGGGAGCACACAGCCCCUCUUCAGCCUGGAAGCCUGCCAGGGGAUCCUGGCGUUACUGGACCUUAAUGCCUCGGGUACUAUGAGCAUCCAGGAAUUCAGGGACCUGUGGAAGCAGCUGAAGCUCUAUCAGAAGGUUUUCUACAAGCGAGACAAUGGGUCAGGAUACCUGAGCUGGGCACAGCUGCAGACUGCCAUGAGGGAGGCAGGAAUCGUGCUCAGUGAUGAUGUCUGUCAGCUGAUGCUCAUCCGCUAUGGCGGCCCCAGCCUCCAGAUGGACUUUGUCAGCUUUGUCCACUUGAUGCUGCGUGUAGAGAACAUGGAGGAUGUCUUCCAAAACUUAACCCAAGAUGGCAAAGGGAUAUACCUCCAGAAGUCAGAGUGGAUGAUGAUGGCAUUGUACUCCUGAGAAGGCUGAGUCUCAUCUGCCUUCACUGAGGACUCUGCAUGUGGUCCAAGAGUAGCCUUUGGCUGAGACCAACCUACAUCCACCCUACUCACUGAUCUUCAGAACCGCCUCACCAGCCAUCACCUUCUCAGCUGGGAAGAUUUCUCUUCUGCAGCCCCUCC